AUGAGAAACCCCGCCUUGCCCUGGCUACUAGUUGCUCAGGCUCUGGUCAUCACGGUGGCUCAGGACGCUGGCAAGUACGUCUACGAGAACAGAGACUUCACUAUGACUUACUAUGUUCCCGGUGCUUGCUACGUCGCGUGGCCGUUCCCGUUAGCGGAGAAGGCGAGCUCUGUGUACAUCCUCCAGGACGAGCAUUCUAUGGGCUUUGAUGACUGGUACAACAGAAUCAAGUUCUUGCUAGCACACGCUCACCUUGUUGAGCCCGAAGACCUCAACCCUCUGGCGGAGAUCCAGCCUGGGGACUUGGUUACCUUGACCUACCACGGCAAGAACUCUAUCACCACGAGCUUCCGGAAGAGAGAGCUCAGGUUUAUGCGGGUGAUGUCUACCCUGCCGCCGGGUAAGUAUGUCUACAAGGGACCUCUCUUCAGUAUGACUUACGAUGUGAACAUGGAUCAUGAAGUUGCAUUCUCCAUCUACGUGCCUAAGCCUCCGCAUCAUAGGGGUGAUAUACCGAAACCUGCUUCUAUUUCCCUUGGCCCGUACUUUCUACGAAGUGCUACUGGUUUCACUUACUAUCUCGACUUCGGGAAGCCUGGGCCCGGCGGAAAUCAUUGGCGUGUGGAGCUCGACCGCUUCCUCAGAAACACUGGCCUAAUGGAGUCUGACAAGGUCUACCCAUCUGAUCCUAGCCAAGAGUGGGAUCUUACAGUACUAACCUCUACAAGCACUAUCACGACCAACUUCCAAAAGAAAAGGAUCGAGUUCAAGAGGGUCGCACCCCGCUAG